AUGGGCGCCUGCCCACUUUUCCUUUUCCUUGUUGCGAUGAUGGCUGGCGCUGGCGCUGGCGCUGGCGCUGGCGCUGGCGCUGGCGCUGGCGCUGGCGCUGGCGCUGGCGCUGGCGCUGGCGCUGGCGCUGGCGCUGGCGCUGGCGCUGGCGCUGGUCGUCCUCCUCCCCCGGAGACGUUUGCUUCUUGUUCUAAUAUGUCGUGCAAUUCGGCCUCCAUUGUCUCUUCCAUAACCUUCUGCCUGCGCUGCCACACCUCCUCGUCUUUUGAGUCGUCCGCCGUCUUGUCCUCCUCUUCAUUCGUCAUGCCUGUCGCCAUCAUCAUCCUCGUCGUCGUCCUCAUCCUCGUCAUCAGCCGCCCUUGA